CUAUAGACUACCAUAUGUAUGGGUUCACCCACGAGAAGAAGAAGUCACAUCCUUUGCUCUUUUUGGAUUCUGGCCUUGAGAGUUCCUUCCAUAUCGCUGCUAUUCUGUGCUUCCUUUUUGAAACCCUUUGGGACUUUUCUAAGGCUGGAGUUCACUACCAAACCCCUACCUACCAACCCUUGGUUUCUCUCCUUUACCAUCUCAUUAUCUAUCCUUUCAUAUUGUCACGUAGUGAUCAACUAUGUGCGAUGCUGAUAUACCUUCGACCCUCAGAGUUCUAUUCAUCUCCUUCGUUGAUCCCAC